GUUUGACGUUACAAUGAUGAUCAGACAUUGGAUAAUGUUUUUGUUUUGCCCCGACUUCGUUUGCACAUUGACUAUGGACAUUGUUCAACCAGACACUUUGGUUUUUACUGGGAUUGGAGGUACUGUGUCUCUCACUUGCUUUUGUUCAUCUGAUAUGAUGACCUACGUUGCUUGGUUCAAGCAGACCGUUGGAGAUAAACCUCUUCCGAUGACAUCAACAUUUCACCAUUCUCAAGAGAAUUCAUAUUUCAACAACUUUACCAAGGAUUUCACUGAGACUCAACAUCUGAGUGUGAAGAGAGGAGUUGACAGCCUUAACCUGACCAUCUCUAAGACAGAGUCAGGGGACUCAGCUACAUACUACUGUGGUAUUAUGUUAAUGGGAGAAGUCAAAUUUGGAGAGGGAACUGUUUUAAUUGUCAAAGGUUCAGAGUCCAACAGCAUGUCUGUGCUCCAGCAGCCUGUGUCUGAGUCAGUCCAGCCAGGAGACUCUGUGACUCUGAACUGUACAAUACACACUGAGACCUGUGCAGGAGAACACAGUGUCUAUUGGUUCAGACAUGGCUCAGGAGAAUCCCCUCCAGGAAUCAUUUACACCCAUGGAGACAGGAGUGAUCAGUGUGAGAAGAGCCCUGAGGCUGGGUCUCCUACACAGAGCUGUGUCUACAACCUCCCCAAGAGGAACCUCAUUCUCUCUGAUGCUGGGACUUACUACUGUGCUGUGGCCUCAUGUGGGGAGAUACUGUUUGGGAAAGGGACCAAGCUGAACAUUGACCAUGGUUGUAAGGAGGACCAUCUUCUCUUGGUGUACUGUCUGGGUGUAGCGUUGGCUCUUUGUGUCAUCUUCAUUAUUGUCCUUGGUUGUGUUUUGUAUAAGAUGACCAAGAAAAUAUUUAUCCCGUGCAGAGGAACGCACCCUCAAUCAAGUACUUCAUCAGUCCCCAGUUCUCAUGAGCAGGAUCAAGAUGUUGACACACUCCAUUACGCCGUUCUGAACGUCGUCCGCAAGAAAGUGAAGGCCGGGAGACAGAGGAGCGCCAUGGGGAGAGACACUGUUUACUCUGGAGUGAGACGCCAAAACAUGGACUGAAAUAUAGACUUUUGCUCUUUAAUAACUUGCAUUGAUGUUAUGUGUUUCCCACCUUAUAUAGCUUAAUAUAUCAGGGAAGUUUUCAUUGUAAGCGUCUUAAAAGAAAACAUGGACUGAAACGUCAGCGUUGCCUCUUUAUUAAGUUGAAUUGCUUGUAUGUGUUUCUCACUGUAUAAAGCUUUAUAUAUUAGUAAAGUGUCUUUCAAUGCCUUGUAUUCUGUCAAAUUCCUUUUUACAUUGGUAAUGUUGUGCAGAUUAAAUAAAAUACUAAACUGCUGUCA